AUGAGCUCUAGUGACAAUGUGAGCUUUGCUGGUGAAGGAGCAGUCUUUAAGGUGGUAUUUUUUGCGUGCAUCACGUUUUAUUUCUAUUAUGUUGUGUUACACCUUGAUGAUGAGGUGGAAUACAUUUGGUCAAAACGAUGGACUGCUGGGAAAGUCGCAUACCUGCUGGCAAGAUACUCUGGUGCUGUAUUCUUAAUCCUGCUUUGGUUCGCCGUGGGAUACCCGUUUGUGGAUUUGCCACAUUGGGAAUUGCAUUCGGACUUGUUUAAAUGGUCACCUAUUUACUGGUGUAGGGACAAUGGUCAUUCUAUUCUCUCAAAUCAUUCUUCAAAUGCGUGUCUACGCGUUAUUCGAGGGACCGAGAAGAAUGCUGAUAUUUUUCGUCGUGCUGUCGUUGGCGCUAUUUGGAUUCAACAUCCUGCAGACCUUUCUCAACUUGAUGCAGACAGGGGACCAAGUCCCGUCGAGAAUGAUCUUCAAUCAUGCCUUAAUUCCAAUUUCAUGUCUGGUAUUGCAUGGACCCUUACUGCCUUUAUCGAGCUGGUCCUGUUUCUUCUGGUUGUCUGGCGAAUGGCAGAGUUGAAUAAGCCUCAGUUUCGGUUGCGCUUCGCAAAAGGCAGUAUCCCGCAGGCAGAGCACGUUACAGCAGUAAUGGCAAGAGAUUCUGUUGCCUAUUUUGCCUUUACAUUCUCCGUCUGCCUUCUCGGCGCGAUCUUAGUGGACGUUGCAGUGUACAGCCAUAAAAUCCGAUCUAGCAGCAGGAACUUCCUGCGGAUUGAAGUUAAUGCUUACCAAACCGUUGCAAUAACAAUUAUGGCUAUCCUAACUCCGAAGCUCCUCAUUAACAUCCGCGCAGAGUUCUAUGGCCCGGUUGGGAUCGAUACGACUCAGUUGUCUUGGGACGCUCAACGAAUGGGUGGUUCUAGUACUAUCGUAGGGUCGAACAGUGAUCUAACAGCCAAGGGUCAGUCGUUAGUGACCUCAACUGUAGAAUAA